AUGUCCAAGUCCGCAGACGCCAUUUCCCUGGCAUUUUUAAUUGUUUGGUUCAUCGGUGAUCUUGCAAAUCUGCUCGGAGCAACCCUAGCCCAUCUAGUGCCCACUGUAAUCGCUUUGGCUCUAUAUUUCUGUAUUGCUGACGCAGUCUUGAUCAUCCAAAUUUUAUACUACGAUUACGUUAACUCUCGCAAGAAAGGCGUUCAAUCCACCCGAGUAGACAUAGAAGACAGACCAGACCAGCCGUUGCUUAGCCGGAGACCGAGUGAUAUCGGUCUACCAGGCUCGAGGCGUCGCUCCUCUGUGUCUCAAAAACGACAUGAGGCAGCAGCGCUUUCAGUCAUUCCAGAAGACGCUGGUCAUGCCCGUUCUUGGCUGAAGAAUUCUCUGAGUGUGUUCGCGGUGUGUGCUCUUGGCACCGUGGGUUUUUAUGUUGCUUUCACAGCUGGGUUUUGGAAACCUACCAUAGAGGAUCCCGAGAAUACCACCCAUGACAGCGUGCCUGCACAGAUCUUAGGCUACCUAUCAGCGCUACUGUACCUCGGUGCGAGAAUUCCACAAAUCAUAAAGAAUUCUCGCGAAAAAUCCUGCGAAGGACUCUCGAUCCUUUUCUUUGUCUUAUCUCUGUUGGGCAAUCUAUCUUAUGGUGGCGGCAUACUUUUCCAUUCGCUUGAAAAGGAGUAUCUCCUUACGAACAUGCCUUGGCUCAUUGGAUCUUUGGGAACGAUUGCAGAGGACGUCAUAAUCUUCAUCCAAUUCCACAUAUACGGAAACAAAGAGGCACAAAGGCAUUCGGCUAUAGAAGAUGAACCUGCGUCAACCAUAUUUCCUAAGAUUAUGCCUUCUACAUUGACGACCACAGUGCAGGCUUCCUCACGGCUUGACCUCCCCAAGCAAGCAGCAGCAAGCUAUGAUGGCGACCGAUUCUUUUGGUCAUAUACAGAGGAACCACAUAGGACACGGCGACAAGCAAUCAUUAAAGCACAUCCAGGAGUAAUCAAGCUCUGCGGGCCAGAACCUCUGACUAAAUACUUCGUGCUCGCCGUCGUCGCAUUGCAAAUCACAUGUGCUGUAUACUUGCGUAACACCCCAGUCCUUUCUCUGAAAUAUGUCCUCGCAGUCUACGUCAUUGGUGCAACAGCAAAUCAAAACCUCUUCCUAGCCAUCCAUGAAAUUUCUCAUAACCUGGCUUUCAAAGCCCCGUUGGCAAACAGAUUGUUUGCUGUCUUUGCGAACCUUCCCAUCGGAGUCCCUUAUAGUGCGGCUUUCAGACCCUAUCAUCUAACUCACCACAAAUCCCUAGGCGUCGAUGGCCUGGACACCGACCUGCCUACAUCCCUAGAGGCCUUCUUCCUUGACUCCGUUCUGGGGAAGGCCUUUUUUUGCACCUUCCAAAUUCUCUUCUACGCAUUACGUCCGAUGAUGGUCUACCACCUACCAUUGACCCGGAUCCACCUCUUCAACAUCGUCGCUCAAUUAUCCUUCGAUUACCUUCUCUUGCGGUACGCAGGUGGCCGAGCCUUGGCAUACUUGAUCAUGAGCUCUUUUUUGGCCGGCUCGUUGCAUCCUUGUGCAGGCCAUUUCAUCGCCGAGCAUUAUGUGUUCGACCCACAACCUAAAAGCGCAAAAGAAGCCAACGACCUCGUGCCUGUUCCAGAGACCUUCUCGUAUUACGGACCAUUGAACAUGCUUACCUACAACGUGGGUUUGCACAACGAGCACCACGAUUUCCCAGCGAUACCCUGGACACGUUUGCCGGCAUUGCACGAGAUGGCCAAGGACUAUUAUGCGGGACUGCCGCAUCACAAAAGUUGGACAUGGGUGAUUUGGCACUUCAUUUGGGACAAGGAGGUGGGCUUGUGGUGCAGGGUAAAGAGGAAUGAAGGGGGCAGGAAGAUUGGCGGCUGGAGAGAAGACGAGUUGGGAUCUAAUGAGCGGAAGGGAGCUGGAAUCCCAGGGGUCAAAUGA